CGCAUGACUAUAUAAUACAAGUAAUAUAUUUAUUUGGCAAUCGAACUUCGAGUCUUCGAUCAUAUUCCUUCACCACUUCCUGGUGUCCUGAUCGAACUACUGACUGCAAUUUGCAUGUUUUGGUAGCUGCUAUCUUGCAACCCUCCCAUUCAACUUCCAAAUAAAUUAUAUAUAUUCCACUCACUUCUCACUCCCGAACAGGUUUCUAACUGGUCAAAGACGGUUAAAUGGAUCAUAAUCUCACAAAAUUGCCAGCCUACUACUCCUUAAGGAGACUCGGAUUGGAGAAUGAGAGCGAGGGUGUGCUUUCACAACAACAUCCUAACCAUGCCCUUUCGAUAGACUCUAAUCGAGUCAUCAAUUACCUUAACAAGAUACUACUGGAGGACGAUAUUGAUGAGAAUAAUGAUGAAUUCCUGUUCUCUGAUCCUACUGCGCUAAGAGCUGCAGAGCAUUAUUUUCAUGAAGCCUUGGGUGAGAACCCCUCCUUUGACAGCAGUGUCGAAAGCCCAGAAGGCAUCUCUGAUGUUAAUCUUUAUAGCUCUGCUCCGGGAGAGUCUAAAUCAUAUGGCACAAGUGACCUCUCCUUUUCAUCAAGUCACACUAAUCAGGAUGUGUUGAAUGACUCUUUUUAUAACUAUGGUAGUGCUAAUUUGGUUCCAAAUAUACUUUUUGAUGAUCAAACUGUGCCCAUUUUGCAAUUCCAGAGAAGUGUGGAGGAAUCGAGAAGAUUUUUUCCUGCCAUUAAUCCGAUGGUCAUCCAUUUCGAUGAUAAAUACUCAUUGCACCCGGUGACAAGCGAGGAAUUGACCAGUGGUAGUGCUGUGAGUACAGAGAACGAGGAUACUUCAGCCGGUUCUUGUAGGAGAAGGAAGCACGACCGUACAGUUGAAGAGAAAGAGGAGGAAAGGAGCAGGAAACAGAGUGCAGCUUGUAAAGAGGAAAUUGAGUUAUCAGAGGUGUUUGAUAAGGUUUUGUUGUGUGCUGCUGAUGAUAAAGAUGAUUCUCCAUCUAGAGCAGGAAAACAACAACCAAAAGGGAAAAACGGACACAAGAGCCGUUCAAAUAAAAGAGGAGACAUUUGUGGAAUUGUUGAUCUCGAGUCUCUUUUGAUCAGCUGUGCAAAAUCUGUUGCGGAUGCUGAUUACAUGGCUGCAGAACAACAACUGAAGGAGAUCAAGCAGUACUCUUCAGCUACCGGUGACGCAAACCAAAGGUUGGCACAUGCAUUUGCUGAUGGUCUUGAAACACGGAUGGCCGGAACUUGGCCGGAACUUUAUCCUUCAUUUCGUAAUAAGACCGCAGUUUCCGAAUUGCAAAAAUCCCACAUGUCAUCAACUUUGCCAUUUAUGAGGAUUGUAAUCUUCUUUGCGAAUAAAAUGAUUUACGAAGUAGCAUCAAGAGGCGCAUCACUGCACGUGAUAGACUUUGGCAUUCUUCAUGGUAUUCAAUGGCCCACUCUUAUUCGAGAUCUUUCACGAAGACGUGGUGGCCCUCCAAAACUUCGAAUAACCGGGAUUGAACUUCCCCAAUCUGGUUUCCGUCCGUCGCAAAUGUUAGAAGAGACUGGUUGUCGUUUGGCUAAAUAUUGCGAGUGUUUCGGUGUACCAUUCGAAUACAACGGCAUAACAGCAACAAAUUGGGAGGCGAUUAAGAUCGGUGACUUGAAGCUCACAAAGGGUGAGGUGGUUGCGGUUAACUGUAUUGAUCGAUUCAAACUCCUACUAGAUGAGACAGUAUGUGGUUCAGACAAUCCGAGGGAUGUUGUUUUAAAGUUAAUCCGAGAUAUCAAUCCUCACGUUUUUGCGCAUUCUGUUCUUAGUGCAUCGCACAGCUCUCCUUUCUUUGUCAAUCGGUUUCGGGAGGCUCUUUACUUCUGCUCUGCCCUCUUUGAUAUGUUUGAAGCUAUUUUCCCUCGCCAUGAUAGUCAAAGGUUGAAUUUUGAACAAGCAUUUUUGGGGCCUGUAAUAACAAAUAUCAUUGCAUGUGAGGGCAUGGAAAGGUUCGAGAGGCCUGAAACAUACAAGCAGUGGCAAUGUCGCACUCUGAGAGCUGGGUUCAAGCCUCAGCCUCCAAACCCUAAAGUUGUGAAGAAGUUGAGAGCUAAGGCGAGGGAAGCAGGUCACAAAGACUUUCUAUUUGCUGAAGACGGCCAUUGGGUUCUCCAAGGGUGGAAAGGUCGAAUUCUUUCUGCCAGCUCUGUCUGGAUACCUCACAACCCAUGAUUUAAUAUUGAUUAUGAGGUAAACCCAUCAUUGUUUCUUUUGAUGGGAUAUGUCCUCAGAAAGUUGGGUGUAGUGUAAUGACUUUUUUUUUAUAGCAGUAUCCUUCCUUGUUUUCCACAAAUUAAAAAAAAACUAUUUGUAGUGAAAUAGUAUUGCAUUUUAAGUUUAUUACUAUUUGUAGUAGUAAUUUAUAUAUAAAAGGUUGUAAUAAUAUCUAUUUGGAUUUUGGACCUGUAGAGUAUUUUUAUCAUUGUUUAUUUGCCAAAGUUGUAUGAAAAAG